AUGAAGGCUAAACUACCACCUGAAUUUCUGCAACAAGUAGCCACCUACCUCUCGCUCCAAGACUGCACACAUGCCCUGUAUGUCUGUAAAUUGUGGUUCCAUACAUUUCAAAGGUCCGUCUACAGAAAGAUCUACAUUUACAACCAGCAUCAACUACGGCAGCUGAUUGCCUCAUUGACUCAAUCGUAUGACCAGCACUCGUACCAUAAUGGAUUGAUGGUCAGGGAAAUCUACCUGAUGCACGAGCAGCAAACAUCAGCGCUGGGUCCAAGAUUUGAAGAAGACCGGCAGCUACACGUUCAUUUGUCUCAGGCGAACUUUGAUCUGCUGGCAAAGUUGUGUCCUGAGCUGGAGGUAGUGGACUUUAAUAUCGCACAGUGGCAGCAUCUUAGACUGAAUCCAAUGACACAUACAUGGAAAUACAUGCGACAGUGUGCCCCCAUCCACUAUGUGGAUUUCGCCCCUCAGUUCCUAACAACGUUCAAUGGCUCUACAUUGUCGCAUCUCCAUCUCAGCCAUCAGCCAGACGACUUGCAUGAGCUUGUUGGGAGCCUGCAACAUGUACCCAGCCUGGAACAUUUGACAUUGGAGAUGAAUUACAAUGACAAUGAUACAGCCAUGUCGCUCCCUCUAUCCAGCUGCUUACAACAGCUGCAUGCACGUCUACCGCGCCUAAAGAGUUUCAACUUUAUACGCACAAAGACACCACACCAGGAAUCAUCUGUCGCCUCACAUGAUCCCCAUCUCUUAUCUGCUUUUGCUGAACCCUGCUACACACUACAAUCGCUUCUAUUGCAUGGACAUGUAGACUCCUAUCGAUGGUUUGGUUUCAUCAGUGCCAGUUAUCCUCAUCUACGGUCGUUGUCAUUGACGCAGCUCUCCACCAGCAGAUUUGGCACCAAAUGGAUGUGGCAAAAUGCGCUUGUUCACAUGAUUCAAUCACUGCCAUUACUCAAAUCACUCACUCUGGGAGGCAAAAAUGCACCGCAGCUGUUCUCCAAGGGCUUUGCUGUAGAACUACGGAAGCCCACGUGUUCCAUUGAUGAUCUAUACGUUGAUUUUCAAACGUAUCAAGCCAUUGAAUCAUGUCAAUUCUUGCUGCUGGUGCAAUCUUAUGGGCUCGCUCAAUUGAAAUUCUUGCGGCUGCGCGUGUGGGAGCAAAUUCCAGGUUGGUCGGGCGUAACAUCGAAUCUGUUUCAUUGCAAGCAACUACAGACAUUGGAGCUGUCUUUGUCCAAAGGGCUGAUGGAUCAGUUUCCAUUUACGCCGUUCUUGAUUGAUCAUCUCUUGGGCCACCUGCCUCAACUAGAAAACUUGACAUUGGUCGGUGCCAAUGUGCAGGUCACUUACAACAACUAUGUCGACUUGGAUAAAGGUGUAUUCAGAUUGAAGAAACUGGAACUUUGUCAGUCAAAGAUCGAAAACCAUGAAGCUGUGCUCAUGUACUUGUCGUUCUGCUGCCCUCAAAUGGACAUGUUGAUAUUAGGAAAAUGUGAGAUUGAAAAGAAGAGACAGCAGCAGUUGUUUCUGCCAUCAUCUCUAUUGAACACCUGCUCAAUUCCUAUGCCCAACAGUCGACUCAGCAGAGUAACACUCAGUUCAUCCUUGAUCUAUCUGGGCACAAUUCAAAGCAACGACUAUAUUGGCAUUGAGCUCAUGACGGAAGAGCGAGACCAGAGCACCAUAGUGUGGUGCGAGACCGUCCAAUCGAAAGGGGUACAGAUCUACCCAUCCUAUAGCCUCUGUCUGGAUCAAGACAAAAAUGCAGAACUGACAGAUCUCUACAAGACAUGCGGCUCUCCCUCCAUAGCUGCAUUGACACCCAUGCCUGGCAAAUUUACACCCAACAUUGGAGUCAUUACUCUUCAUUGCAAAGCAUUGCUAUCUGGCAUAGCAUUGGACAAUCUAAAGAUACCACUAAAGCAUUUUAAUGUAUAA